AUGAGUGAAGACGCUAAUACAUUUAUACCCACCUUUUACUCUCAUCGAAGUGUGUUCAUCACUGGUGGCACAGGUUUCCUGGGAAAAGCGCUAUGUGAAAAAUUACUGAGAAGUUGUCCAAAUAUUAAGGAAAUAUUUUUACUGAUUCGACCAAAAAAAGGACAAACUAUCAACGACAGGUUAAAGAAAAUGUUAGAAAACAAACUUUUUGAUUUAUUACGGCGCGAGCGGCCAAACAGUUUUGAGAAAAUUAUUCCAAUAAGCGGAGACGUGAGUAGGGAGGAUUUAGGAUUAUUGUCAGAGGACAGGAAAAUGUUAAGUGAAAAUGUGUCGAUAAUAUUCCACGUAGCGGCUUCUGUCCGCUUUGACGAGAGUCUGAAAGAUGCGAUUUUUACAAACUUACGGUCGACGCGUGACAUUUGUAUUUUGGCCCAAUCUAUGAAAAAUAUAGUGGCUCUGCUUCAUGUGAGCUCGACGUACACACAAAGCGAUAAAGCCAUCGUGGACGAGGUCUUGUAUCCUUUGGAGGACGUUGACUGGAGAAAGACGAUCAAAAUUGCUGAGACCAUCGACGAUGAGAUUCUAAAGAUUUUUACAGCGAAAUAUAUUGGAACAAUGGCAAAUACUUAUGUUUUUACGAAAAGACUAGCCGAGCAAGUGAUAAAUGACUUUUCCGAAUCACUGCCUUGCAUUAUCCUUAGACCAUCUAUAGUCGUAUCAUCAGUCAAUGAUCCUGUACCAGGCUGGAUUGACAAUUUUAACGGACCUAUGGGCAUGUUGAUUGGUGGUGGUACUGGACUACUACGCGUAAUUUAUGCAGAUUCUAGUAUAACUUGCGACUUUAUUCCAGUAGAUUUAGUGAUUAAAGCAAUGAUAAUUGUAGUUUGGAAACGCGGAAUACAAAACUUCUCUGAGGAUAAUAGUCUUCAAAUUUACAACUGCUCUGUACACAACACGAAAAGCAUAAGUCUCGGACAGUUAAUACGCGUAGGAUUUCGUGCCGUAUAUGAUAUUCCUCUUGAGCGAACAAUUUGGAAACCACAGACGAUUAUGACAAAUAGUAGUUUAUUAUAUUACAUAUUGGUGUUAGUAUUACAUAUUGUUCCGGCAUUAUUAAUAGAUGCUGUGUUGAAAAUAUUACGUUUACGUCCAAUGUUACUGAAGUUGCAACAAAAGAUAUAUAUAUCAAACCGUGCGAUAUCUUAUUUUGUAACUCACUUUUGGCAGUUUAAUAACACAAAUUUAAUAAACAUCUUCGAGAAUCUGAGCGCUGCUAAUGAAAAAGAUUUUGGAUAUAAAAAUAGUUUGAAUUUUGACAUAGAAGAAUUUUUAAGACGUGGCAUUAUCGGUUCUAAACUGUACUUGCUUAAUGAAGACAUGAGUCCUUUAGAACAAGCUAGAGUUUUACGUCAUAGUAAAAGAACAACUUUAGAGCAAGAGACUUUGCGUAAUGUGAGGUCAGUGUACACACAAAGCGAUCAGAUCGAAGUGGACGAGGUUAUUUAUCCUUCUUUGGAGGAUGUAGAAAAAGUGUGA